AAACGCCCACAACCGUAAGAACUACCACAACAACACCUACAAUGGCAACAACUCUAGCUGGUGUGAGCCUUUCCACCACAAGGAGCGUGACCAAAGCAGACAGACCCAAGUGCCCAAACAACCUCAAAUCCACAUGGGUGCAAUGCCCAUGGAAGACAAGCUACCCAACCCGUCGUAUGCAGGUUCGACCCAUGGCUACACCAGAGCGGAUCGCCAAGACGCUGGAAGAGACCAUCAAGGAGGCUGAGGAGAUAUGCGCCAGCGACCCGUUGAGCGGCGAGUGCGCCGCUGAGUGGGACAUGGUGGAGGAAGUGAGUGCAGCGGCGAGCCAUGCACGUGAACGGGAGAAAGAAUCAGACCCGUUGGAGAAUUAUUGCAAGGAUAACCCGGAGACCGACGAGUGCAAGACGUACGAUAAUUGACGGGACUGCAACAUGCAUGCAUGCAUGCCGUAACAGCUUUUACUUGAAUUAUUGUGUUUUAUUUUGUCAUCUUAGAACUUAAGAAUUGAAGAAGACUUGGAUGUUGAUAUAUGAUUGUAUGAACAGAUGUGUUUUCUUGCUUUAGCAUGCCCAUACAAUACCAUGUUAAAUAAUUAAAGAUAGUGGUCCACUUUU